AAAAUAGUAUCAGCCAUCUUCUUAUUCAACUAUAUAUAUUUCAUUACUUUACUGGACCUUUCAAUGGUUGAGUUUAAGAUACACCAUGGUGUUUAACAUCCGAGGAUUUACGCUUCACCGAAAAGAGCUUUAUACUUCACUAUCAAUACUUUUGGCUAUACUUCUUUUUUGCGCCCUGGUCAACGACUUUGUUUCAAUCAUUAACGUGGAGAUGCCUGAGAACUCGACUCACGAAUUCACCUUUACGAUUCUGUUACUCCACUGUGCAUCCUUUACACUGUCUAUCCUGGGUUUUAUAUAUCACAGUCUAGCUGGGAAAGGCACUGGAACGACAUUAGGACAAAUUUUAGUAGCUUUUAAUAUGGGGUUAUUCAUUACUCGAAUAAUUCUUGAAUUAGUCUUCCUUGAAUUUCGACCAGAAGAGAUGGCAACAACAACGUAA